AUGACAGGAAGGAAUCAAACUAUCUUCUCAGAGUUCCUCCUCCUGGGCCUGCCCAUCAAACCAGAGCAGCAAAAUCUGUUCUAUGUCCUGUUCCUGGCCAUAUAUCUUACCACUGUCCUGGGGAACCUCCUCAUCAUUGUCCUCAUUCAACUAGACACCCAUCUCCACACACCCAUGUAUUUGUUUCUCAGCAACUUAUCCUUCUCUGACCUCUGCUUCUCUUCCGUGACCAUUCCCAAGUUGUUGCAGAACAUGCAGAGACAAGACCCAUCCAUUCCUUAUGCAGGCUGCCUGACUCAAAUGUACUUCUUCCUGUUUUUUGGAGACCUGGAGAGCUUCCUCCUUGUGGCCAUGGCCUACGACCGCUAUGUGGCCAUCUGUUUCCCCCUGCACUACGCCACCAUCAUGAGCCCCAGGCUCUGUCUCGCACUGGUGGUGCUGUCCUGGGUGCUGACCACAUUCCAUGCCAUGUUGCACACCCUGCUCAUGGCCAGACUGUGUUUCUGUGUGGACAACGUGAUCUCCCACUUUUUCUGUGAUAUGUCUGCUCUGCUGAAACUGGCCUGCUCUGACACGCGAGUUAAUGAAUUGGUGAUAUUCAUCAUGGGAGGCUUCAUUCUCAUCAUCCCAUUUGUACUCAUCAUCAUGUCCUAUGCAAGAAUUGUCUCCUCCAUCCUCAAGGUUCCUUCUUCUAGGGGUGUCCGUAAGGCCUUCUCCACCUGCGGCUCCCACCUCUCUGUGGUGUCACUGUUCUAUGGGACAAUUAUUGGUCUCUACUUAUGCCCAUCAGCUGAUAAUUCUACUCUGAAGGAGACUGUCAUAGCUGUGAUGUACACUGUGGUGACCCCCAUGCUGAACCCCUUCAUCUACAGCCUGAGGAACAGAGACAUGAAGGGAGCCCUGGGAAGAGUCAUUUGUCAAAAGAAAAUUCUCUUCUCUCUGUGA